AUGUCCAUCUCCACGUCCUUUCGCCACCAGGCCGAGUGCAGCGGGCUGCAUCCUGACCGUUCGCUCUGCCCCUACUGUGGCGCGAGAAAGCGAAUGCACGUCUGCCGCUGGGCGUGGCCGAGCAGCCGAAACAGCAGCAGACCCGUAAUCAGUGCGGCAGCGCCUGCAGCUGCCCAGGCACACAGCGGCGGCAGCGUCCGCAUCAACCUCUCCGAGCUGCCUGCUUUGCCCGAGGCUGCCGAAACCACAUCUGGCCAUUCUCCGGUCGAGUCGGGCUGGCUCAGCGACGGGCCACGCGUUGGGGCGAGGGUGCUGCGGCGCCUCAAGGGCCACGGCUACGUCCACGCCGUUGUGCGGCUCUAUUUGCCGGCGGGCGCGGAUGACGAGCCCGCGCUUUGGCGCAUCCGGCAUGCGGACGGGGACGAAGAGGAUCUGGAGGAGUACGAGCUGCUCGAGGCGCUGCAGCGCUUCGCCGGCCGUGCGGGCAGGGCCAGGGCGGCGGCGGAGGCGGCGGGUGGACACGCGCGGGUGGCGGGGCAGGCGGAGACGUCGAGCUCGGGAGGGCCAGUGCGGGCGGCAGCGGCGGCAGGGGUUGCGGAGGGCGCGGAGGGAGAGACGGCGGAGGAGGACGCGGAGGGAGAGACGGCGGAGGAGGACGCGGAGGAAGGAGUGACGGCGAAGGAGGCGGAGGCGGCGGGCGCGGAGGCGGAGGGGAUGGAGGUGGAGCAGGCGGAGGAGGCGGAGGCGGAGGGCUCAGCAGGCGGGGAGAAGGGAGAGACGGCGGAGGAGGACGCGGAGGGAGAGACGGUGGAGGAGGCGGAGGUGGAGGCGGAGGCGGCGGCGGGCUCCGCAUGCUCUACCGCCUCGCCGCCGCCUCCGCCGCCUCCGCCGCCUCCGCCGCAGGCUGCACCCGCCGCGCCGCUCGUGACGGAGGCGGAGGGGCUGCGGCUGCACCUCUCCAGCAGCAGCAGUACCGGGUACAAGGGCGUGAGUAAGCACCACUCUGGCCGCUUGAAGGCCGAGCACUGGGUGAACGGAAGGAGUGUCUACAUCGGCAUCUUCGACACGGCGGUGGAGGCGGCGGUGGCGUACGCGCGGGCGGUCGGCGAGUACCAGCCUCCGGCUCCUUCGACGGUGGCGGCAGAGGCGGAGGGGCUGCGGCUGCACCUCUCCAGCAGCAGCAGCACCGGGUACAAGGGCGUGUUCCAGCAUGCCUGUGGCCGCCACCAGGUGUCGCGCAGGGUGAAGGGAAGGCUGGUCUACUUGGGCAUCUUCGACACGGCGGUGGAGGCGGCGGUGGCGUACGCGCGGGCGGUUGGGAAGGCGGAGGCGGCAGGCGCGGCGGCGGCAGUGCCGGCGGAGGCUACAGGCGCGGUGGCGGCAGUGCCGGCGGAGGAGGGCGACGGAGCAGGCGGCGAGGAGGAGGGCGGCGAGGAGGGCGGCGAGGAGGGCGGGUGGAGCGGUGGCGGCGAGGAGAAGAGCCACUUCCAGGUGGGAGGCCGCGUCGCUGUACAGUACUCUGGCGGCGCCUUGUACCCGGGCGAGAUCGUGGGCUUUGACGGCGCGUCGAGCCUGUACUCGGUGCGGUGCGACGACGGCGAGCUGCUGGAGGACGUCUCGCUGCACGAGAUGCUGCGAGAGGUGGGAGAGGGCGAGUGGGAGGAGCAGGAGCGAGCGAGCGGCGAGGGGAUGGAGGUGGAGGAGGCGGAGGAGGCGGCGGGCUCCGCAUGCUCUACCGCCUCGCCGCCGCCUCCGCCGCCUCCGCCGCCUCCGCCGGACAGGGAGGCUGCACCCGCCGCGCCGCUCGUGACGGAGGCGGAGGGGCUGCGGCUGCACCUCUCCAGCAGCAGCAGUACCGGGUACAAGGGCGUGCGCGCGGACAGGAGCCGCUACCAGGCGCAGCACAGGGCGGGCGAAAGGAAUGUCUACCUCGGCAUCUUCGACACGGCGGUGGAGGCGGCGGUGGCGUACGCGCGGGCGGUCGGCGAGUACCAGCCUCCGGCUCCUUCGACGGUGGCGGCAGAGGCGGAGGGGCUGCGGCUGCACCUCUCCAGCAGCAGCAGCACCGGGUACAAGGGCGUGUACGAGCACGCCUCUGGCCGCUUCAAGGCGCAGCACAGGGCGGGCGAAAGGAUGGUCUACCUCGGCUCCUUCGCCACGGCGGUGGAGGCGGCGGUGGCGUACGCGCGGGCGGUUGGGCAGGCGGAGGCGGCAGGCGCGGCGGCGGGAGUGCCGGCGGAGGCUACAGGCGCGGUGGCGGCAGUGCCGGCGGAGGAGGGCAACGGAGCAGGCGGCGAGGAGGAGGGCGGCGAGGAGGGCGGCGAGGAGGGCGGGUGGAGCGGUGGCGGCGAGGAGAAGAGCCACUUCCAGGUGGGAGGCCGCGUCGCUGUACAGUACUCUGGCGGCGCCUUGUACCCGGGCGAGGUCGUGGGCUUUGACGGCGCGUCGAGCCUGUACUCGGUGCGGUGCGACGACGGCGAGCUGCUGGAGGACGUCUCGCUGCACGAGAUGCUGCGAGAGGUGGGAGAGGGCGAGUGGGAGGAGCAGGAGCGAGCGAGCGGCGAGGGGAUGGAGGUGGAGGAGGCGGAGGAGGCGGCGGGCUCAGCAUGCUCUACCGCCUCGCCGCCGCCUCCGCCGCCUCCGACGCACAGGGAGGCUGCACCCGCCGCGCCGCUCGUGACGGAGGCGGAGGGGCUGCGCUUGCACCUCUCCAGCAGCAGCAGCACCGGGUACAAGGGCGUGCGCGCGGACAGGAGCCGCUACCAGGCGCAGCACAGGGCGGGCGAAAGGAAUGUCUACCUCGGCAUCUUCGACACGGCGGUGGAGGCGGCGGUGGCGUACGCGCGGGCGGUCGGCGAGUACCAGCCUCCGCCUCCGACGGUGGCGGCAGAGGCGGACGGGCUGCGGCUGCACCUCUCCAGCAGCAGCAGCACCGGGUACAAGAGCGUGUACGAGCACCACUCUGGCCGCUUCCGGGCGCAGCACAGGGCGGGCGAAAGGAUGGUCUACCUCGGCUCCUUCGCCACGGCGGUGGAGGCGGCGGUGGCGUACGCGCGGGCGGUUGGGCAGGCGGAGGCGGCAGGCGCGGCGGCGGCAGUGCCGGCGGAGGCUGCAGGCGCGGUGGCGGCAGUGCCGGCGGAGGAGGGCGACGGAGCAGGCGGCGAGGAGGAGGGCGGCGAGGAGGGCGGCGAGGAGGGCGGGUGGAGCGGUGGCGGCGAGGAGGAGAGCCACUUCCAGGUAGGAGGCCGCGUCGCUGUACAGUACUCUGGCGGCGCCUUGUACCCGGGCGAGGUCGUGGGCUUUGACGGCGCGUCGAGCCUGUACUCGGUGCGGUGCGACGACGGCGAGCUGCUGGAGGACGUCUCGCUGCACGAGAUGCUGCGAGAGGUGGGAGAGGGCGAGUGGGAGGAGCAGGAGCGAGCGAGCGGCGAGGGGAUGGAGGUGGAGGAGGCGGAGGAGGCGGCGGGCUCAGCAUGCUCUACCGCCUCGCCGCCGCCUCCGCCGCCUCCGACGCACAGGGAGGCUGCACCCGCCGCGCCGCUCGUGACGGAGGCGGAGGGGCUGCGCUUGCACCUCUCCAGCAGCAGCAGCACCGGGUACAAGGGCGUGCGCGCGGACAGGAGCCGCUACCAGGCGCAGCACAGGGCGGGCGAAAGGAAUGUCUACCUCGGCAUCUUCGACACGGCGGUGGAGGCGGCGGUGGCGUACGCGCGGGCGGUCGGCGAGUACCAGCCUCCGGCUCCUUCGACGGUGGCGGCAGAGGCGGAGGGGCUGCGGCUGCACCUCUCCAGCAGCAGCAGCACCGGGUACAAGGGCGUGUACGAGCACGCCUCUGGCCGCUUCAAGGCGCAGCACAGGGCGGGCGAAAGGAUGGUCUACCUCGGCUCCUUCGCCACGGCGGUGGAGGCGGCGGUGGCGUACGCGCGGGCGGUUGGGCAGGCGGAGGCGGCAGGCGCGGCGGCGGGAGUGCCGGCGGAGGCUACAGGCGCGGUGGCGGCAGUGCCGGCGGAGGAGGGCAACGGAGCAGGCGGCGAGGAGGAGGGCGGCGAGGAGGGCGGCGAGGAGGGCGGGUGGAGCGGUGGCGGCGAGGAGAAGAGCCACUUCCAGGUGGGAGGCCGCGUCGCUGUAGAGUACUCUGACGGCGCCUUGUACCCGGGCGAGGUCGUGGGCUUUGACGGCGCGUCGAGCCUAUACUCGGUGCAGUGCGACGACGGCGAGCUGCUGGAGGACGUCUCGCUGCACGAGAUGCUGCGAGAGGUGGGAGAGGGCGAGUGGGAGGAGCAGGAGCGAGCGAGCGGCGAGGGGAUGGAGGUGGAGGAGGCGGAGGAGGCGGCGGGCUCAGCAUCUACCGCCUCGCCGCCGCCUCCGCCGCCUCCGCCGGACAGGGAGGCUGCACCCGCCGCGCCGCUCGUGACGGAGGCGGAGGGGCUGCGGCUGCACCUCUCCAGCAGCAGCAGUACCGGGUACAAGGGCGUGCGCGCGGACAGGAGCCGCUACCAGGCGCAGCACAGGGCGGGCGAAAGGAAUGUCUACCUCGGCAUCUUCGACACGGCGGUGGAGGCGGCGGUGGCGUACGCGCGGGCGGUCGGCGAGUACCAGCCUCCGGCUCCUUCGACGGUGGCGGCAGAGGCGGAGGGGCUGCGGCUGCACCUCUCGAGCAUCACCAGCACCGGGUACAAGGGCGUGCGCGAGAGAGGCGCCCGCUUCACGGCGGAGGCCAGGGCGGGCGAAAGGAAUGUCUACCUCGGCAUCUUCGACACGGCGGUGGAGGCGGCGGUGGCGUACGCGCGGGCGGUUGGGCAGGCGGAGGCGGCAGGCGCGGCGGCGGCAGUGCCGGCGGAGGCUGCAGGCGCGGUGGCGGCAGUGCCGGCGGAGGAGGGCGACGGAGCAGGCGGCGAGGAGGAGGGCGGCGAGGAGGGCGGCGAGGAGGGCGGGUGGAGCGGUGGCGGCGAGGAGGAGAGCCACUUCCAGGUAGGAGGCCGCGUCGCUGUACAGUACUCUGGCGGCGCCUUGUACCCGGGCGAGGUCGUGGGCUUUGACGGCGCGUCGAGCCUGUACUCGGUGCGGUGCGACGACGGCGAGCUGCUGGAGGACGUCUCGCUGCACGAGAUGCUGCGAGAGGUGGGAGAGGGCGAGUGGGAGGAGCAGGAGCGAGCGAGCGGCGAGGGGAUGGAGGCGGAGGAGGCGGAGGAGGCGGCGGGCUCCGCAGGCUCUACCGCCUCGCCGCCGCCGACGCUGCCUCCGACGCACAGGGAGGCUGCACCCACCGCGCCGCUCGCGACAGAGGCGGAGGGGUUGCGUCUGCACCUCUCCAGCAGCAGCAGCACCGGGUACAAGGGCGUGCGCGCGGACAGGAGCCGCUACCAGGCGCAGCGCAGGGCGGGCGAAAGGAAUGUCUACCUCGGCUCCUUCGCCACGGCGGUGGAGGCGGCGGUGGCGUACGCGCGGGCGGUCGGCGAGUACCAGCCUCCGGCUCCUUCGACGGUGGCGACAGAGGCGGAGGGCUUGCGUCUGCACCUCUCGAGCAUCACCAGCACCGGGUACAAGGGCGUGCGCGAGAGAGGCGCCCGCUUCACGGCGGAGGCCAGGGCGGGCGAAAGGAAUGUCUACCUCGGCUCCUUCGACACCGCGGUGGAGGCGGCGGUGGCGUACGCCCUGUAUUCGACAUGA